AUGAAUAUUGAUGACGCAGUAUCUCGCCAAGUUGAUCUUCUCUCUAUGCUCAAAGAGAUUCGUGACAGAUUCACAAAAGAGGGCCCCACUCGUCGUGCCAAGAAAGGCAUCUCUUAUCAUCAGGAUCAAUUCGACAAACUCUUGACAAUCUGGAAAGAAUUCGACCAAAAUGACUCUCAGCUUCGUCAAUCAGCUGAUGAGAAUCAUGAAUACUUCACCUCGUUCACAUAUGAUCUUGGAAAAGACUCAUAUAAAAAAAUGAAAUCAUUAAUUGAAAAAGCCAUGACAACGGACUUUCAAGCAAAGCCCAAUCCAGAGCCCAAACCUCUCGACAUUCCCGCGGGAGACUCACACAAUGAAAACAAUGAUGGUAAUCCGAUACCACCUAAUGACAAUGGGCAGCGACUUCGCCAAAUGCUCGAUGCACUUUCAUCCACUGAUCAAAUCACUGAUCAAGAGGACUGGAUUCGUCCCAAUUCUCUUCCAAAAUUGCCUCCUGUAAAACUACACAAGUUUUCGGGCAAAAAUGAAGAAUGGCAAGCCUUUAUCGAGCUCUUUAUGAGUGUCAUCCACGGCAACCCAUAUAUCAGCAAAGUGCAAAAACUCCACUAUUUGAUUACACAUUUAGACGGACAACCAAAGCAGCUCCUCGCGCAUUUUUCUCUCACUGACGCUAAUUACGAUAGCGCUCUCCAAAUCCUCAAUGCGCGUUACAACAAUCAAAGACAGAUGGUCACCAACUAUAUGAACGCAAUUGUUUAUCACAAAAAACUCAACGUUGGAUCCGCAGACGACGUGAUCCAUCUCCACGAUGCUAUUAACUCCAGUUUAGCCGGAUUAAAGAAUCUUGGCUAUGACAUCUCCACUUGGGACCCCAUCCUCGUCACUGUCGCCAUUCAAAAGUUUGACCCAGACUCAAACAAGGCCUUCGAGGAAAACAUAUCCGACAUAACAGCUGUUCCAACCAUUCCAGAGCUCCUCAAGUUUCUCAUGAAGAGAUAUAGAGUUCUACUUACCAGUCCCAAGGAUGGCCAUCAAUCUAAAGACAAGAAAAAGUCUUUCCAUAUCACUUCUGCUAAAGACAACUGCUCAAAAUGUGGCAGAAAUCAUCCACUGAUCAAAUGUUUUGAGUUCAAGAAACUCAGUCCCUAUGACCGGACACAGUUUGCAAAAGAUCAGAACUUAUGUCUCAACUGCCUAUACCACGACAAAAAAGACCAAUGCAAGAGCAAGAAGACUUGUUUUACUUGCAACAAAAAGCAUCAUACACUGCUACACUUCGAAAACAAGAAGUUUGCUGCACAAUCUCAAGCUACAAAGGCUCAAGCUGAAGACGCCUCCGAGACAGUAGCCAUGUACAGCAAAUCCGCCUCCGUCAUUUUACCCACUGCUCAACUCAAAAUUCAAGCCCGUGACGGUGGUUGGCACCUCAUGCGUGCUCUCCUGGACACCGGCUCAGGCGAGACAUUCAUCUCAGAGAGUGCUGCACAAAUUCUGAGGCUUCCUAAAAGGAAGCUCAUGAUCAAUAUCAAAGGCAUCGGAGAAGUCAAUGCAGGGACUUGCAAGGCUGCAAUUGACAUAAUUAUCUCUCCACGCAUGGCUUCAGACCAAAAGUGGAACACCACUGCACUAGUUCUUCCAAAACUAUCCUCAUUUUUGCCAGCAAAUCCCAUAAGCUCCAGUUUCGAUCUUCAUAGAAUUGAGAAACUCACAUUGGCCGACCCAAAGUUUAAUGUUCCAGGCCAUAUAGACCUCAUUCUCGGCACUGAAAUCUACUCUCAAAUCAUCAGAACUGAUUUGAAACGUGACCCAAGCGGCUUGGUAGCUCAAGAAACAGGCCUUGGGUGGAUAAUCCUGGGCAAUACACUCAAUCCGGGACAACACCGAGAAGUCAUCAGCAUGAUCUCACUCGCAGAUCUUGAUAAAUCGCUCAGAGCUUACUGGGAAAUGGACACUGGAGACGGAGCCACAAUCGAAGAACAUACCGAAUGUGAGGAGCACUUCGAGUGCACUCAUCUUAGAGGCAGUGAUGGACAAUAUCAGGUCCGCCUUCCAUUUAAAAAUAUAGAAAAUGCCCAGCUUGGAGAAUCCAGGAACCAAGCACUUGCACGUUUCCUCUCAAUGGAGAAGAAAUUUGCCGCAAAUAAUUAA